AUUAGUCUUAGUACAAAUGCCAAAUUGUCUUUUUAGUAAUAUGUCGUAUGAUGCAAUAAUAAUCAGUUCAUAAAUCAUAAUAAUUUAAGUAUUGUUUUAAUACGUGUUCUACACGUGCUAUCUCUAUACUAAACUAAAAUUUAUAAUGUAUUGCAUGCUAAAUUUCACAGGCAUUUACUAUUAGUCAUCUACUAAUUCAAGAAUAUGUGCAAGACCGUAAUGCGAUAGGUGCCACGUGUUAAAGAAUUGGUAUAGGUUCUUUCCAAUGUUGUUUGAAUUAAAAUAACUAAACGUUUGGAACAUUUACCAAUAACAGAAAUAAUUUCGGCGUGAAUCAUCUACUAUAAUAUUGUUUCGAACUUCGUGUAACUUUUUCGAGACCUAAUUUUUCGUGUUGUUAAAAAUAGCUAGUGAUAUAUUCGAAUGAAUGGAAUUGAUUGUUUACUGUCUGAUACUUGCGACUAUAGAGAACAAUAAAAUAUUAUAGUUUUCUUUGCAUUAUUAAUCGUUCUAAAUAUACAUAUGCAAGAAAGGAAAAGAUGUAACACGGAGUGACGCACGUCUUCAAAUUUUCGAUAUUCGAAAGUUCCAAAUUUUUAAAUUUGCAAGUUCUCAAAUUUCCAAAUAUCCAAGUUUCGAAGAGGUUCCAAAGCAUUUAUUUAGCAAAUUUAUAAUUAUAUUAUUAAACAUUGGAUAGAGAUGAAAGAGGUUGAAAAUAGUUAAGUAUAGCCGAAUAAAUCAGUAGAAAAUAUAGAUUACAAACGAAGAACCAUAAAGGGGAAGGGGUAAAACGCGAAAGGAGUGGGAAAUAACAGACGUUGCAACGUCUGAGGGAGUCGUGUCGCUACUUCCGAGGAAAUAGCAUCUUGAAGGAUACCUUGUAAGUUCAGGAAACGGAGUAGCAGUCUGAUCAAGAUGUCAAGGCCAAUUCUUAGCAGGCCGCGUACACGUGUAUACGGAUGUAACUAUGACAAAGGAGAAUCGUAUUAUAAACCGAUGGUCGAUCAUUUAGAUCGAAAAUACAGCGGUCGACCCUUGUUCUCUGAACCAAGAACCUCAUUGGCCGAUGAGAUCGCGGCCCGGCGAAAUGACAUCGGCACGCGUGACCUCUCCGGUCCCCGCACGACUUCCUUCGGCCAUGACCUUGACCUAGAACUAGAUUCCCCUAUCCGCGCCCCUCCGUUAUCGUCCUUGGCCGACCCAUUGUUCCCCGAAGACGAAGAGGUCGUAUACGACAGCCGUGGGCAACGAAGACGUCGUUUCGCUGAUAAUUUCGCUAGCGAUGUGGUUGCAACAACCCAGCAUCUUAAAGCGAAGUUGGCCGCCAUCGGACUGGAGGACGAAGUUGAUGCAGCCUUAGGUAAACUACCACGAGCUCGUCAAGAUCAGGACCCCGUGGACAGCAUUCUGAGCGCCAGGAGGAACGUGCACGACAUGAAGUCCAUCAGUGAGGAAGCUGAAACCGCGUUUAAAAGACGGUCCAAGCUGUUCGAAGAGGUCGAUCGUAUAGAAGAAACGAAACCAUCGAUGCUUAAGUGGUCCAAGUUGAUCGACGAAGACGAGAACUUGGUUCCCGUUAGCGCGGCAGCGAGAAGGGCCAAGCAAACGAAAAAUCGUCUAAACGAUCUGGAGUCCGAAAUGGAGGAGCUCGCGGAGAGACAAGCGAAACGCGAGCGAAGGGCAGCUGCCCUCAGGGCAAUGAUCAACGAAAAUGCCAGCGAGUCGGACAGUAUUCAACAGCAACAGGUUAUCAGCAAAAAGGUGUCCAUUCGCGAACGAGCCGAGAAAAUCUUUUGAGUAGAAAUGUGAGCAGAGUAUAACGGCAGAAGAUGGAGCUUUAUUUUGUCUGAAGAUUCGUUCUUCAAAUACCCUAUUAUCUGAACAUUUUCAUUUAGUUUUGGCGAUCCUGUUAUACGUAUUCGCGUUUGUAUCUUGAGAUUCGAUGAUUUUGAUCUGACGAAUUUUUUGAGUUUACGAAUAUGCAUGUUCAGGGAGGAGAUUUGUGCAAGGUUAAUUAUUGGUUGAUUUGAUUUUUGGUGUGGGUGCAACUUCUACUUGUUUUUUAUUUAAUGUUGGUGAAAGGGACGAGUGGUAGGAUUUUGAUUUUUAUUUUGAUAAGUGUCCAAACUGGGGGACUAAGAGUGGUUUUGUGAUCCAUUGGGGAUUUAUGUGGUACUUUUUAUAUGCGGAUAGUGAAAUAGUGAAAAGACAGAAUUAGUACUAUAAAUUUGUCGUUUCUGGAAUACAACUCACGGUCAUAGCACGGGGGGUAUAGUGACAUGUCAUAUAAUAAUAAUUAUUAGGCUGUAAGACAUUUCUAAAUCUCGAAGAUUGAUAAUUUCCAGGCUUCAAAUUUAAAAUAUUUUAAAACUCUAAUGUCAUUUUAGAAAAUUUCUAAAUUCUAACGCUAAAAGUUCAGGUAUUUUCUGAAUUUUAGUGUUACAAAUUCUCGAAGUUCCAUAAUUUCAAAAAUCCAAAGUCUCAAUGUCCUCAGCUUGGAAAUUCUCGAAAUUUCAAAGUUUCAAAAUUAAAAAAUUUCGAAUUCCCAAAAUUAUAAAAAUCUAAAAUUCGAGAAUUGAAACAUUUCAAACUUGUAAAGUCUCAAAAUCUUUAAAUCUCUAAGUUUCACUAUCCCAAAUUUCUAACGUUCAAAAAUCUCAAAAUUUGAAAAUCUUAGUUAAAAAAUUUCAAAAAUUGCAAAGUUACGAGAUUCUUAAGUCCUGAAAACGAAGAAUUUAAAAAAUUCAACAAUUUAAAAGUCCCAAAAUCCCAGAGUCUCGAAACCAUCAGAAUAAAAAAAAUCCCAAUUUAUAACGAAAAACGAGUAGAUCUUUUACACACACCGAGUAGAAAGACAUUAGCAAUAUUACAAAAAUUGGUAAAUGUCACUUAGUCGAUGCCUAACGAUAUUUGGAAAUAUGUACAUUCUCUAUAUUGCAUAUUUUAUAUAUCUUGCUACUGUACAGUAUUAAAAACAAAAAGAAGGAAAGAAAGUGCAACGUUAUUUGACACGCUGAUUCGUAUUUACAAUUAAUAAUAUUUUCAAACAUAGUUUUAUAAUUUUUAUCGAAGACGGUUAUAGCAGUAGAUAAUUGAAAGACUAUCAUUUAGUUAGAUUUAUAUUAACAUUUAUUUUUUAAUGAAACAUUAAAAAAAUUCUUUUCUAAACUAAUUUUUGUUUAGCCGUUUUAACUUUAUUGGUUAAAAUGGUUACAAUGAAAUGUUAAUUUUCUAUUUUUAUGCAUCUUUGACAUUUAUGCCUGCAAAUAAAUUGGAUGCUUUGUCGUCAGGGAGAUGCGAGAGAAAGGAAUACUUGAUAUUCGUAUACUUUUAACAAUAGUUCCUAAUUAAUUGAAAAGACGUAAUUUAUAGUAAAUAACAUUAUGAAACUAUCGAUACAUUUUGCCAUUUAAAGUUGCAUACGGAAUUACAUUAUUUCCAUUGAUUUGUUUAUUGUCAUGCUUCAAAUUCUGGUGAAGUAUUAAUAUUUUAAGAGAAUCGUGUGCUGAGCAAAAAUAUUUCUCGAUGUUAUUGUAUGUAUCUCUGUCCUCUUUUGUUUAUAAAUAAAUUUCACUGUAAAUAUGUUACAAAUGUACAAUAUAUGUUUGAAACCUUCCCACCCUUCAUAAAAUAGGUUCCCCGUUCAUGAUGUGAGUACCUGUUACUUUUUCUUCCCAUGCAUGCACAAAAAUCAUUGUUUUGCAUGAUAUAUCAAAUUAUAUCCAACAUAUAUUUACAUUCGAUAUCAUG